GGGGAGAUAUAGCAAGAGCGAACGAGAGAGAGCAAGAGAUAUGUGGGGGAGAUAGCAAGAGAGAGAGAGAACAAGGGGAAUCUCCCAAAUCAGGAGUGGGGAUUGGUUAUAAUAGUAUCCCCACUCCCCAGAUGUAGAGCUCGCCCAUCCUCUAAGUUUCGCUCACCAGGCGACAACUCAUUUUUUUGCGCUCUUUAAUUGAAGUGCGAAGUUCGCGUUGACGCAGGCGACGGUUUCCCUUCGUAAAAUGCAACCUUUCCGCGCUUCGCGUCUCCUGCUGAUUCUGCUGAUGCAGAUACCUGUGCAGAGUUCACAGGCUGAACCCAAUCCGAAGGUGCUGUUCCUGGAUCUGUGGAACCGCAGCUUGUGUCACCUGAUGGAGCAGCUGGUGGAGGUGAGCCAGGAGCACCCGGCAACAGGGAUGGGCUACAUCUACCACCCCGCCUGCGUGCCACUCUGGAGGUGUGCCGGUUGCUGUAGCGACGAGAACCUGGAAUGUCACCCCUUGGUCACUCAGAACACCACCAUGCAGUUGUUGAGGAUUUCUCCAUCAGAGAAAAGCUGGCAGUAUGUGGGUCUAUCGUUUACCGAACACCUCCAAUGUGAAUGCAGACCACGCAAGAAGAAACGACAUGACGACAGCUACAGUCAAUCAAUCAUGAAUAGAAGCCGAGGAAGGAAGAAGCGAAAGAGAGCAAAGACCUGUGGCUGGUAAGAGUGUCAGGAGGGGAACGAAUAGCCCGUCUGCAGUCCUGGGGAACACAGGAAUCGACCGGCCCGAGUCAGAUUCAUCACCUUAUGUUUCUACUAAUGCAAAAAAAUAUCUGUAAAGAUUUCGUUCAACAUUUCUUACGUUUUAUCUCUGUUCCUUUAGAUAUUUCCACAGUUGUCACCGUAAAGCUUUUGUUUUACUGUAUUUUUAUUAUUUCUAAUGAUGGUGUAGGCCUAUGCCUUGAUGGAAAAUAAUAAAUUUCAAAUGAUGUGUGAGUAAAAACAUAAACCCUUAUGACCAAUAGCCUACAGUUAUUUGAGUUGACUGAUAGCAUUUAGAGGAACUAACAGGAGUUAAAAAUAAACAUAAAUAUGAUGGCAGAAA